AUGUCGUCCGACACUGCUUCUACCGCCCCCGCUGCGGCCGCGCCCCCCUCGCCUACCCCCGCUGCGGCUCCCGCACCCGCCGCUGCUGGUUCGGGCCCUGUGCAGCCCGCGCCUACCUCCACGACUGGCCAGCAGCAGCCCGGCUCGUCGGCGUCGCUCUACGUCGGUGAGCUCGACCCCUCGGUCACUGAGGCAAUGCUCUUUGAGAUCUUCAACAUGAUCGGCCACGUCGCGUCCAUCCGCGUCUGCCGCGACGCUGUGACCCGUCGUUCGCUUGGCUACGCCUACGUCAACUACAUCAACGCGGCGGACGGCGAGCGCGCCCUCGAGCACCUCAACUACUCCCUGAUCAAGAACCGCCCGUGCCGCAUCAUGUGGAGCCAGCGCGACCCCGCUCUCCGCAAGACUGGCCAGGGCAACAUCUUCAUCAAGAACCUUGACGACAAGAUUGACAACAAGGCCCUCCACGACACGUUUGCCGCGUUCGGCAACAUCCUUUCGUGCAAGGUUGCCACCGACGAGAACGCCAACUCGCGCGGCUUCGCCUUCGUCCACUACGAGACUGGCGAGGCAGCCGAGGCAGCGAUCAAGUCGGUCAACGGCAUGCUUCUCAACGACAAGAAGGUCUACGUCGGCCACCACGUCUCGAAGAAGGAGCGCCAGUCUAAGGUUGAAGAGCAGCGUGCCAAGUUCACCAACGUCUUCAUCAAGAACCUCGACCCCGAGAUCGACCAGAAUGGUCUCGAUGACCUCUUCAAGCCUUUUGGCGAGAUCGUCUCGGCUGCUCUUGGCAAGGAUGACGACGGCAAGGGCAAGGGCUUCGCCUUUGUCAACUACGUCUCGCACGAGGCUGCCAAGGCCGCCGUUGACGAGCUCAACGACAAGGACAUCAACGGCCGCAAGCUCUACGUCGGCCGCGCCCAGAAGCGUGCUGAGCGUGACGAGGAGCUCCGCCGCCUCCACGACGAGAGACGCCAGGAGAACGAGUCCAAGACUGCCGGCGUCAACCUCUACGUUAAGAACAUGGACGACGAGUGGGACGACGACCGCCUCCGCCAGGAGUUUGACUUUGCCGGCACCAUCACCUCGGCCAAGGUCAUGCGCGACGACAAGGCUGUGUCGCGCGGCUUCGGGUUUGUCUGCUUCUCGUCGCCUGACGAGGCCACUCGCGCCGUCCAGGAGAUGAACGGCAAGAUGAUCGGCACCAAGCCCCUCUAUGUCUCGCUCGCGCAGAAGAAGGAGGUCCGCCGCCAGGCUCUCGAGUCGCAGAUGCAGCAGCGCAACGCCCAGCGUCUCCAGUACGCCGCUGCCAACGGUCUCGGCGGCCCCCAGGGCUACAUGCAGACACCCAUGUACGGCUACCCCCCGAUGGGCCCUUACGGCAACCCCAUGAUGCCCGUUCGUGGUGUGGUCGGCGGCUACCCCGGUGCUCCUCCCAUGAUGGGUGCUCGUCCCGGUGCUCGCUACCCAUCUGGCCAGCCUGGUGCCCCAGUCCCCAUGGGCUACAUGCCGCCCAACGCCCAGGGCGCCUACCCCGGCAUGCCUCCCAACUACCCCGUCCGCCCCGCAGGCAACGCUCGUCCUCCCACCGCUCCUGCUGCCGCCCGGCCCGGCUCGUCGCCUGUCGGCGCCCAGCAGGGCCUUCCCCGUGGCCAGGUCCCCGCGGCUCGUCCUCAGGCAGAGGGUGCCGCUCCCCAGCCCCGCCUGAACGCCCAGGCUCUUGCCCGUGCUUCGCCCAUUGAGCAGAAGCAGAUGCUCGGCGAGGCUAUCUACCCCCUCAUUCACGACUCGCAGCCCGAGCUCGCCGGCAAGAUCACCGGCAUGCUUCUCGAGAUGGACAACGCCGAGCUGCUGCACCUCGUCGAGUCUCCCGCUGCCCUUACUGAGAAGGUCGACGAGGCGCUCCGGGUCCUCGAGGACUGGGGCAAGGACGGCAAGGAGGGUGACGUUGAGGGUGAGGUUGAGGAGAAGGAGGUUGAGGCCGAGGGCGAGAAGGGCGACGAGGAGAAGAAGGAGUAA